AUGAUUAAGAACCUCAAGAACCUCAAGUUCCGUACGAAGGGUACUGCGCCGCGCUCCUUCCCGACUCUGUCGGUGGAGACGGUGCAUUACCUUGCGUACCACGGCGCCGACUUCGAGCGCCUUACGCCGAGCCUUUUCGAGCAGGAUGGUGAAGGUGUUCCCCUUGGUGUGGCGGACGGUAGCAACCAGCCUUCAACGGCUGGCACGCCGAGAGAUGUCGCCUCCCUGGCGUGUGUUGAUGCCCCCGAGAUGUUUGGAGCGGGCGGAUUCGUUGGGUCAGCGUCCAUGCUUGACGCUGUUCUCGCUGCCGCGCCGUCGCCGCUCUCGGGUGUGGAGCACGCCACCGACCCCCUGACGGUGGACUCCGCUCGGGACUCGGAGCAGGAGGGCGAGAUGUGCAGUGUCUCCCUAGGAGGUGCUGUCCAUGUCGCCACCGAGGAAGUCCCACUGUUCUCGCCUAACGGCGGGGGCGAGAUCUGCUACUCGCCCGACCUGGCGAACAAGCUGGGUGCGGGCGCGUACGGCACGGUGUACCGGGGAACCGUGCUCCGCGGUGGCGUGUCGAUGCCGGCAGCCAUCAAGGAGAUCGAGUGGGAGUGUGACCGCGACGACCAGCCCCGACCCUGCUCUUCCUUCCGCAGGGAGGUCGAAGUCACCCUCAGAGUCAGCCACCCGAACGCGGUGAGCCCGCUGGCUUGGGUUGAGAACCAUCGCGGUCGAAACACCAAGUCCCUCAUUGCGUACGAGCUUGCGCAGGGGGACAUGGAGGACCUUCAGAAGAGGGUCCAGGAGGAGAAGGAGGACAAGAAGAAGUCUAACCUCGAGCCAAUUGUGGUGACGAGCAUGCUGGUUCAGAUGCUCGAUGCCUUGGCAAAGGUUCACGCUGGCGGUAUCCUCCACCGCGACAUUAAGCCUGCGAACAUCUUGUUCAAGGGCGAGCGUGGCCAGGAGAGUUUUCUCUUGGCGGACUUCGGAGGCGCGGUCAUCCUUGACCAGGAUGGAACCGCAGCAAACAAUCGGGGCAAGGGCACGGUUUUCAUGCGCCCUCCCGAGGUCAAGGCCAACAAGGGCCCCGUUGGGCCGGCGUACGACAUCUUCUCCCUCGGCGCCACAGCAUUCACGCUUCUUCUCGGCUUCGGGAAUUACCCCAUCAAGUCGAAACAGUGUGAGUGCGUGGACCCAGCGGCUGGAGUCAACCUUGCUGGGAGUGGGGCCUCGUUUGUUACGCAGCGACUCAUUCUCGGCAUGGUCUCCGAAAAGCCGGAGGACCGCCCCUCUGUGAGCUCCGCACUCAGGCUCGCGCGUGAGGCGCAUGAGUUUGAGAAGCGUCGGCUUGAGAGUGCUUCUGCCCCUGUCGCUCAGGUUACAUGGCAGAGUAUUCAGGGCCCCGUCGUUCAACCGGCGGGGAGGCAGCACGUGAAGGUGGGGACGGUGCUCAUGGAGCCGCCGGUGAAGCGAACACCAGUCGUGGAAGCGGUGAGGGUUCCUGUUGCGCAAGCGACAUGGGCCUCUCCCGUGGCGGGGGUUCGAGUUGAUCCGGUUGGCAGGGUGCCUCCCGCCCGCACGGGCUGCCACACGAGUGACUUCUACGACUUCUGUCGUAUUUACGAAGUACCUCGUCCCCCUGGAGUGUGGUCGCGCCUUGUGCGCAAGAUUGUCACGCCGUUUACCCGCCUACGGCGCACCAACGUUGGUCUGGGCAACCACGUUCGGUGA